GGAGAAGAAGAAGAAGAAGAGAGUUUGAAGCCACUGAGAUCACAGACAAAGGUAAGAGUUUUCAAGUCUUGGUUUAUGAUUUCUAUGUUGCUCAUUGUUUGGGUUUUGGUCGGGUAAACUGGAAGAGAAAAUUUCUCGAUUUUUAAUGGGUUCUCUGAGAGUUCAUUCGCUUCAAUAAAAAGUCUUAUUUAUUGACUAGAAGCACCUCUAUGGUUUCCUAGAAGUAGAUAUAAGUAGUUAGAAGAAGAAGAGAGUUGAAGCCUCGGAGGUAAUGGAGAAGGUAAGAGUUUACAGGUCUUGUUAUGUUUGGUCGAAUAAACUGAAAGUGAGAAUUUCGAUUUUGAUUGGUUUCUCUUAGUUCAUUCGCUUAAGUAAAAACGUCUUGUCUGUUGACGAGAAGCACACUAAGAUUUAUUAGAAGUAGAUUUUAGUGGUUACUAAGAUAAAAAAAAAAUCCUACCUUCUCCGUGCAAUAAGAUCGUCCGAAAGCGUCCAAUAAAAAUUGUCUAAGUUUACGGCUUGACUCGUUUAAAGGGGUUGUACUUUGUAGGCUAUAGUAGGUACGCCUACAAAGAAAGUAGUUGUUCUAGAGGGAAGAAGAAAUCGAAUCUCCUUAAAUAGAUUGAUUAAAAAAAUUGGGUUAGGGAUAGUUAAAAUAUGUUAAAGGGUAUAUGAUUAUGAUGAUCAGGUGUGUCAUAAAAAUGGGUUUAUUCAAUUAUUUUACUAUUACCAACCUUUACCUACUAAUUAAUUAAAAACCAAAAGAUUAAGCUUGAAAUCAAUGGAUUGGAGUCUCCAUAUUUCAUGCACAGGAGUCGUUUAGUGGGGGCCGGGAAAGAGUGGAAAAGGCAAACUGAAGGAGUCUCCAAAAUUCAACAUUACUUGUCAAACUUACUUUUGGAUUACACCCUCUCAUUAUUCUUUUCCCCAAACUUUCACAACAUCAACCAGAAAAGUCCCCCAAAACAAUACCUGUUUUCUUCUAGGGAUUUUCUCAAUCAUCACUUCUUUGAAUUUAACCCUAUUUAGGAAGAGAGACCAAAUAAGAAAAGUGGAGAAAGAACAGCCCUUUAUAAAAAUCUGUAAAUGUAUUUGUUCAACUUGAUCUUUUCUACCUUCCUUUGAACAGUUAAAAUUUCGGUUGGUUACACAACAAAUGCACGGCUUAAAAACUCAAUUUGAGAAUCAAGCUUAGUUUUGCAAAAGAUUAUGUCAAAAAUAUAGUAAAAUCACAAAAAAUUCUAUUCAGAUUAUCUUCGUAUUUGAGUUUACACCGUUUUCGUUCAUGUAAGAUUAGUUAUGUGCGAAUACGAAUUUGACCUGAUGAUACUAUCAAUGAUUUUUAACCUAAAUGUAUCGGACUGAACCAUUUAAAUAACAUCUAAUAAUAAACACAAACAUAUAUAUAAAAAAAAUUAUUCAAUUAUAUACCAUUCUCCCAAAUACACUCAACCAAGCUAGCAGGUAGCAGAAAGCUACCUUUUAAAUAAGCUGAUGCCUAAACCUAGCUGCCUCCGCUGGAUUCUUCCACUGAACCCAAAAACCCAAACCAAAAAAACAGGGGAGGAAAAAUGAAAGAAAGAGGGAAGAAGCUUCUAGUUUCCCAUCUCAGGCACUGAAAGAAACUUACAAAAACAGAGUAAGCCAGUCUAUCACUAUGGCUAACCGUGGUGGUACCGUGGUAGUGGGAUGGUGGGAUCCUCAUCCUCCCUUCCGGCCAAAAAAAGAGAUGGCGAAGAUUCAAUGGCGCUCGCCGUUGACAAAUACUUUCUCUCUGGCCCUCUUUUCUUUUGCCCUUUCACUUCACUUCCCCUCUCUCCGCCGCCUACCUCCUUAAAGUCCCCACGUGCCUUUCCCACUCCACUACUUCCUUCUUCCUAUAUAAACCCUUUCUUCCUUCUCUUCCCACUCAUCAUCAUCUCUCACUUCUCCUUCCUUCCUUCCAUUUCCCCUGUCUGUCACACUCUGUUUUUUUCACUCUCUGCAACUCACUCUGUUUUCCUAUUGCUCUGUUUUUUCCUGGAAAAAAAAAAUCAAAAGAUGGUUGAGAGCGGCAAUGGAAAUGGAAACGGGAACGGGAACGGGAACGGGGAGCUUCCCUACCACCGUAACAACCACCACGCCCUCGACGUCACCACGGACGCGCCUUCCAUUAUGGCCUCCAAGUGCUUCGACGACGACGGCCGCCCGAAACGAACUGGAACCGUUUGGACUGCGAGUGCUCACAUCAUAACGGCGGUCAUCGGUUCUGGAGUUCUGUCACUGGCUUGGUCCACCGCUCAGCUGGGUUGGAUCGCCGGUCCGACCGUCCUCUUCCUCUUCUCCUUCGUCACUUACUACACCUCCACCCUCCUCGCCGCCUGCUACCGCGCCGGCGACCCGGACACCGGCAAGAGGAACUACACUUACAUGGACGCCGUCAAAUCUACCCUCGGUGGUUACCAAGAGAAGAUCUGCGGGUGGGUUCAAUACGUCAAUCUCUUCGGAGUAGCCAUCGGCUACACAAUCGCUUCUUCCAUUAGCAUGAUGGCGGUGAAGAGGGCGAAUUGCUUCCACAGAAGCGGCGGAACUGAUCCUUGCCACAUGAACGCCAACCCUUACAUGAUUGCCUUCGGAGUGAUCCAAAUCCUCUUCUCCCAGAUCCCCGAUUUCGACCAGCUCUGGUGGCUCUCCUUCGUCGCCGCCGUCAUGUCAUUCACUUACUCCACCAUCGGGCUCGGCCUCGGCAUCGGCAAGGUCAUCGAGAACAAGGAAAUCAAGGGAAGCCUCACCGGAAUCGGAAUCGACGUCGUCUCGCCCACCGAUAAGGUCUGGCGUAGCUUCCAAGCCCUCGGCGGCAUCGCCUUCGCCUACUCCUUCUCCAACAUCCUCAUCGAAAUCCAGGACACGAUCAAAGCCCCGCCGUCGGAAGCGAAGACGAUGAAGAAAGCAUCCCUGGUCAGCAUCUUUGUAACCACCAUCUUCUACAUGCUCUGCGGCUGCUUCGGCUACGCGGCCUUCGGCGACCAGUCCCCGGGGAACCUCCUCACCGGAUUCGGCUUCUACAACCCGUACUGGCUCCUCGACAUCGCCAACGUCGCCAUCGUCGUCCACCUCGUCGGAGCUUACCAGGUCUACUGCCAGCCCAUCUACGCAUUCGUCGAGAAGCUCGCCGCCAGCAGGUUCCCGGACAGCUACUUCGUCACCAAGGAGUUCAGAAUCCCGCUCCCCGGCGGAUCCAGCUACAACCUCAACUUGUUCAGGCUGGUGUGGAGGACGAUCUUCGUCAUCAUCACCACCCUCAUCUCCAUGCUGCUCCCGUUCUUCAACGACAUCGUGGGCCUGCUGGGCUCGCUCGGGUUCUGGCCGUUGACCGUUUACUACCCGGUGGAGAUGUACAUUGCGCAGAUGAAGAUCCCCAAGUGGAGCACCAGAUGGGUCAGCCUUCAGAUCCUGAGCAUGGCGUGUCUCAUCAUCUCGAUCGCCGCCGCGGCCGGGUCGAUCGCCGGGAUGAUCGUCGAUCUCAAGAGCGUGAAGCCGUUCCACAUGAAUUAUUAAACGAUCGGCGGUCAAGUAUCAAAAUUUACAGACAGACGGACAGGGUAAAAGAAGGAAAAAUGUCACACCCACCAUCCCUUUCCCUCCCUAGCUCUUGGUCAUGUUCAUAACAAACAAAGGUCCAACCAAAGUCUCUGUCUUUUUUUCUUUUUUCAUGUAAUAUUUACUAUUAUUAUGAUUAGGUUGUUAAGUGUAUUUUAAUUGGUCUUUCAUAAGAAAAGGAAAGAAAGGACAAAGAAAGAAGGAAGGAAAAGCAACAUGUGUCCUCUCUUUGGCUGUAUCUGUGAUUCAGAAAUCUUCCAAACUGUUAGCCAUGAGUGAUGUUACUCUACUGACCUCUCUUUUCAAUGCAAAUUGGGAUCAUUUAAGAGGUGAUCUCAAUGAAUGUUUGUAUGCAUAUGACAAAAGCUGUGUUGACAGUCAAUAAUUUAAAUGUUUUUUUAUUAUUUCUGAGUGAUAUUAAUGGAGGAAAAUAGUUAAACUUACAAUUCUA